AUGGUCACGCCCGAAUUCAAGUGCGUGGAACGCUUCAUCUGGGGGUUAGCACCUCAGAUUAUGAGCAUGGUUACAACGUCAAAACCGGAAACCAUUACUGAAGCCAUCGAUCUGAGCAUAUCAUUGACUGAAGAAGCCAACAGGCUAAACAAGUUUUCUAAUGGUGAUCAGAAAAAGAAGGAGACUCGUGUGGAGUCGUCUGGUGCUGGUCGUGGAAACAAUGGUCAUAGGGGUUUUGGUAACAACAAUCGCGGUGGGAACGGAAAUGGGAACCGCAAUGGUGGAAACGGUAAUCGAGGAAAUGUUGGAAACCAAACUGGGAAUCGGGGAGCAAACAAUGCUCAAGGUGGUAAUAGGAAUGGCCGAGGGCCAGGAUGCUUCAACUGUGUAGACGUCGGGCAAUUUAAGAGGGAAUGCCAAAACUGA